AUGUUCAACUCAAUGUACCGUUACAUAUCUGUGAUAACGCUGCUGGUGUUUGCCACCAUGAACGAGAGCACGUCGUCUAAGUUAGGAGACAUGGAAGAAUUGCUUAAGGGCACUUUGAAUGAUUUACCCGAAUUAGCUAAGUCGAUUACCAGAAUGAAGAAGAAAUUACAAAACUGCAAAAUAAGAUUAUUAAUGAAGUCACAGAAUCCGGCGAGAGAACCCUUGAGAACUUUGUCAGCUGUUGCAGAAGAUUUUAUGAAAGCUACUCCGGAAACGAAUUAUUCAAAUGUCUGUUCCAAGAUUUAUUUCAACUGUAUAUACUGCUUUUAUUCGCAUGGUUAUCAGAUGAAUUUAGCCAAUAAUCUUGUGUUAGAUAAUGA